AUGCUUAUUACGCUCCACACGCCAAGAAGCCCUCAUCGGCGAGAUAGCACAUCAGGUAACGAGAUGGACGACGCAGUCCUGAAGGAAGAACCAGCCUCGGCCCCAGAGCCCGCUACAGUGUCUCUCACCGAGCUCCAGGAGGUGUUCGACAAGAUCAAGACCCACUUUCCCCCAGCAAAAGUGAAAAAGAUAAUGCAGACUGACGAAGACAUAGGCAAAGUGUCACAGGCGACGCCCGUCAUCGCCGGCCGUUCUCUCGAGUUCUUCAUCGCUCUGCUCGUCAAGAGAAGCAGCGAGGUCGCCAGACAGAUCGGCUGCAAGAGGAUCAGUGGAGAGGUCAUGAAAGAGACUAUCCUUAACGAUGAAAAGUUCGACUUCCUACGGGAAAACGUGUGUGGCGAAGCUCAAGAGCAGGAAUCCGCACAGGACUCGCCGGCGGAUGAAUGA